CUGGCGUAUAUAAGCGGACACGGCUUAGCGUUCAUUGGCUCUCCCAACACAGUUCUCUUGUGGAAGAUAGAGUGGACUUAUGAUGUCAAAUGUUCAUAAUCAAAAUGGUCAAGGUCUAGAGCAGCAGUUUGCUGGUAUAGACUUAGGGUCUGGUGGAAGACCUUACAGUGGAAAAGAUGGACGAAAUUAUCGACCAAACAACGCAAACCCCCGGUUUCAGGAACAAAUGUUCUACAUGCCAGGUCAAGGUAACCAAGGUCAGCAGCGCUAUGUGCCGCCUCACAUGAGAAGCUCACCGGGGGCAACUGCUCCUCCCCCCAUGGGCAUAGUGCCAAAUUUCCCCCCACCCCCGCUGCCCGACAACAGAGGAGGCCGAGAUGGAGGUUUCAGUCGUGGAGGAUAUAAUCAAGGAAGGGGUGGAUAUAUGAACGGGGGGCCUCCCCAAAGCUUCAGUCAGCCCAACUUGGGUGACAGAGGCAGUUACAAUAAUUAUAACCGAGGUGGUUACAAUCAAGGUGGUGGAAACCGUGGUAGUUACAACAACUACCAGAACCGCCGUGGUGGUGGUGGUGGUGGUGGCUACCAAAAUACUGCACCUGGAAGAUAUGGAGGAGGUGGGGACCGAUUCAACAACUAUGGAGGAGAUGGGGACCGCUUCCAGAGACAGAGCAGUGCUCCGCCCAAUGCAGGGGGACGCUGGGAUAACCUGGAUGAUGACCGCAACUUCAACCGGGGGAGAAAUCAAAAUGAUGGGGACUUUGGGACAAACAACAGAUGGGACAAUCGCACUGAUUACAACUCUGGGGGCAAGUACCCCCAAGAGACCACCAAGGAAAACUGGACAGUUCCACUGCCUGCAAACCCACGUCUUGAAGAAGAGCUCUUUGGAACAGGAAACACGGGCAUCAACUUUGAUAAAUAUGAAGAUAUACCAGUGGAAGCCACUGGAGAAAACGCCCCCAAAAACAUUGAGUCUUUUGAGGAUUGUAGCUUGGGAGAGAUUAUCAGAAACAACAUUGUACUGAGUCGUUACUCUAAGCCUACCCCAGUACAGAAGCACGCCAUUCCUAUUGUGCUGAAUAAGCGGGAUCUUAUGGCCUGUGCCCAGACAGGCUCUGGAAAGACUGCUGCUUUCCUGGUUCCAGUGUUGAAUCGAGUUUAUGAGAAUGGACCUGAAGAAUCGUCGAAUGUGGCAUCUUCCAGACAGUAUGGAAGGAGAAAACAGUACCCGUUAGCGCUCAUCUUGGCGCCUACUCGUGAACUUGCUUACCAGAUCUUUGACGAAGCAAGGAAGUUUGCCUACCGAUCUCGUGUGAGACCCUGCGUGGUGUAUGGAGGGGCAGAUAUCGGAGCUCAGAUGAGGGACCUUGACAGGGGAUGUCAUUUGUUGGUGGCCACCCCUGGACGAUUGGUGGACAUGCUGGAGAGGGGAAAGAUUGGUCUGGAACACUGCAAGUUCUUGGUUCUUGAUGAGGCAGACAGAAUGUUGGACAUGGGAUUUGAACCUCAGAUCCGCCGCAUCGUAGAGAAAGACAACAUGCCGCCAUGUGGUAUAAGACAGACUCUCAUGUUCAGCGCCACAUUUCCCAAGGAAAUUCAGAUGCUUGCUCGAGAUUUUCUGGACAACUACAUUUUCUUGGCUGUGGGAAGAGUGGGUAGCACCAGUGAAAACAUCACCCAGAAAGUGGUGUGGGUGGAGGAGAUGGAGAAACGCUCCUUCCUAUUAGAUCUCCUCAACGCAGCCGCUGGUCCCGACUCUCUGACUCUUGUCUUUGUGGAGACCAAGAAAGGUGCUGAUUCCCUGGAAGAUUUCCUGAUCAGGGAGGGGUAUCCUGCCACCAGCAUUCAUGGUGACCGCUCCCAGAAGGAAAGAGAGGAGGCUCUGAGAUUAUUUAGGAGUGGAGACAGGCCCAUCAUUGUUGCCACAGCAGUGGCUGCAAGAGGUUUGGAUAUCCAAAACGUCCGACAUGUUGUUAACUUUGACUUGCCGAGUGACAUUGAAGAAUAUGUACAUAGGAUUGGAAGAACAGGCAGAGUGGGUAACCUGGGUCUGGCGACAUCGUUUUUCAAUGAAAAGAACAAAAAUAUAGUGAGGGACUUGAUGGACCUGCUUGUGGAAGCUCAUCAGGAAGUACCCUCCUGGCUGGAAUCCAUGGCUUAUGAAGCCCGACCAGCAGGCGGAUCCAGAAGAGGUGGAGGAAGAAGAUUUGCCAACAAUGGAUUCGGAUCAAGAGACUACAGACAGCAGAAUAAACCUAAAUCCCAGCCCCAACAGCCCCAGGGUGGAGGAGGGGGUUAUAGCAACAAUUAUAACCCAAUGGCUAACCAGUAUAGCAGCUACGGAGGUUCCUAUGGUGGAGCCUAUUCUGCACCCAGCAACAAUGCUGCCCCAGACUGGUGGGGCAACUGAAGAGUUCAGCAACAACCACAUUUUGUUUAUUUUCACUGUUGUACAUUUUGCAGGGUGACAAUAUGGUAGAACCAGCCCUUUGUGAAUUCAAGAUUUUUAGCAGGCAGUCUGUUUGCCAUUUGAGAGGAAUUCAGAAAUUUGCAGUGAAACGAGAGCUUGGGUUGUAGUAGAGAAAGACAGAAGUUGUGGAAGAUUACUGUGUUAGGAGAGCCCUCGUUCAACUGUGUCAUAAUUAGUAUUUUAAUUAAUGUUUUAGCAAUGUCAGCAUUUGUUACCAAUAUCACAUAUCGUGAAUUGUUGUGUCCAUAUAACUCUUUUAUAAUGGCAAAAAAAAAAUGGAAUUGCCAUUGACUGACUGUUCACGAAUUAACCUUGUGAUUUUUACAUUCUGCAAGCAUUGGUCAGGCAAACUUUAGAGAUAACUUAUUUUUAACCCUUUACUGCAUUAUUUUUCUACUGUUGACCAAUGCAUUAAAGAUUAUGGGCAGAACUGUUUCAACAGGACAAUGAAUUCUUUAGAAGAAAAUGUAUCUUUUUUUUGGCAUUUAGAUAAUGUGCUGGUGCUGAUAUUCUGGUCAGGCACUUGGGGGUCACACUCAUGAAUGUAUUAUGAAUUUUUUAAAAGAGUAAUGACUAAGUUUUUGUGCUGACAUUGUGAUAGCUAAAUUCAUGAAAUUUACAGUGUACUCUAUUAAGUUGUACAUGUACUUAGCUAUAGAUAUAUAAAUAUCUAUAAAUGUACACAGAUUACUGUUUAACUUUUUUCCUUUUGGAAUAUGAAGUGAAAUAUUGAUCGUCUUUCUGUAUGGAAAAAUGAUGAAAUCUGUUUGCUGGUUCUAUUGUAUAUUACCAAGAAGCUAUUGUAAGAUUUUUUCUUAAUAUUGUAGUCAUGUAGUUUCAAUAUUUUUUGCAAUGAUGCCGUCCUGUUUCCAAAUGUAGAAUUUUUUAAAGAACAUUAUUUUUGGAAAUUGGAAUCAAUAGGAAGACCAGUUCACCGAUAUAUUGAAAGAGAAUGAGGUUAUUUGCACAGAUAUAUAGAUACUCUUUCCUUUGAACGAUAAACUUAUCAAUAACAUCUCUAAUUUCUUUUUAAAGAAGGGGUAUUCUGAUUCUCAAUCCUGGUUUGAAGAUCUGAUACUGAAAAGAACGAAGGUUCUGUACAUAUUUAAACACAUUUGUGAUGCUAGUCAAACACAUUAAGUGUCAGUUUCUUGCCCCAUUUCUUCACUCAUUGUGGAAGUGUAUCUCACAACACAUGGGGGUAACAAUUUUGAAAAUGAAGUACUUUUUUUUUUCAAUAACAAAAAAUACUUGACUGAUACUGUAUUAUAGAGUGCACAGAUUUACUUUUAUGGUUCUAUUUCAUGGUGUAAUUUGUGCAUGUAUUUCUUUCAGCAUGUGGAAUUGUUAAUUGAUAUUAAUUCGAUUAGUGGAUUCCCUGUUUUGAAGCCGAUAAUGGAUGGAUAUUGUACUUGGGAUGUGAUGUGUUUAACAGAUCACAGCUUGGGAACAGAUGGAGCGACAAUGAUGUAUGUGUUUGAAGUCUAGAAAUUAACUGGAGCUCAGCUUCCAAGGAAGGAGAGUGCUUUUUUUUAUGUCAUUGGUAGUUGGAAACGGAGAGAAUUUCUGUCCAAAUCAUGUAAAUAUUUAGCUAUGUAGUUUUAAAUGUCCUUAGUUCCAUGGUUUUAAGUAAUAGAGCUGAGUCCUGGAAUUGUCGUAUUGCCCAGAUUUGUAGAGCAGACAUUUGUAGUUUAGCCCUGCUUGUAUAUAUGGGGCAUGUAAUAUGACAAUCCUAUGUAAAAACUUGCCUGAAUAUGUAGUGGUAGUUCACUAAGGGCAUUUGAAACCUAGCAAACGUGCUUUAAUUCAGAAGACUAGUGUCACAAACUGUCGUUCUCAGUGUAUCCAUAUUUUUAUGAUUGAGCCACAAUGUCUUUCAAAAGGUCAUCUGACGGGGGAGGAGACAUGAUAUGUGCCAGUUUUUUGUUUCUUAAAUAUUUGUUGUGGAGGUAUUCUUGCAGAGUUUGUGUUUUAACUGCAUACUUUGACUGAGCAACCUUGAUAUCCAGACACCUGACCUUUUGUAGUGUAAAAUGACCUUGACCUAUUACUAUAAAUAGUCCCAGAACAAGUACGUCGGAGGAUAUUUUUUCAUCCUUUGUUGUGUUUUUAUUUUCCUAAAUGUUAGUUUUUGAUGAAAUGUUUGUUACUCGUACUGUGAGAUUUCACCCUCACUUAAACUUUGUUCAAAUGGAACAAAUUUUAUUUUAAAAAAUUGUUUGGAUGCUCUGGAUCCCUCAUUCCUGGAAAUUGUGUAUAAUUUUUCUUUUCAUUGAAUUUUUAUAGUUUAAGGCUGUUGCGGAAAUAAACACGGAGCAGCAUACUCUUCAGAUUUGCAUGUAAUUUUAACGAAUUUACACCCUUGAAAUAUGAUCAAAGGCUAGUGUGUAGAAUCUCCAUUUUCAAAAUUUUCUUCAUUAUUGAAGUCAUUUAAUUAAGUGCUACGAAGAUCUUCCUCUGUUUUACCAUGGGACUUUGGUAGUUCAAAGGAUUUUGAGAUUUCUUUAAAAUGCCAAAGAAGGAAAAAAUGUCUCUUGCAUGUAUAGUACAUGUAGUAAUAUACUUGAUUCUGUAGAAAAACUUGCAAUUUUUAUUUUCAUAUAGUUAGAAAACUAAACAAUAUAGGCAAAUCUGUUUUGGAAAUGAUUUAUGUUCUUGGUUUUUUUUCUAGUUAAUGCAUAUCCCACUAAAAUACUAAAAGCAACCAUGCAAAGUGGAAUUUUUUAAAUAUGUCUUCCCCAAUCGUGGACAAAACAAUUGAAACAAAGCAAACGUAGACAACAUACUAUAUGAAUGCAAAGGGUGUUGCUGCAUCUCUGUUGCGAUUUCUUGAACACCCUUAAAAUUCUAAAGGGAGAAAAUAACUACAUUGUAUUUAGGCUUCAUGAUCGAAACUUGCACAAUGGAUAGGUUGUGGAUUUUUUGGACUAUAUUUAAGAAAUGAACAGUAUAUGUACUUUUGAAUUGUUAUGCUUUUCAGUCAAAUUGAUUUUACCUCAGGUAAAGGAUAUAAAAACAUAUCAUUAUUGAUAAUUAUAAAAGCUUAUACUGACGGGGAAUAUACACUGACAGUAAUGGUGAAUCUCCGUGUCAAUUUCAACAGUAGUGCUCAUGUGUAUCUCAAGUGUGACAGAUGAAAUGUACAGGGUAUAUUUAGAUGCAUGUGCACAUAUUUUUAAAUGUGAAAGUACACAGUUUCAGUCAUUCUGUUGUAGGAGUAUGCCUGUCAUGUAUUUUUACAUGUCUAAUUGUGCCAAAAACUGUUUCCAGUGUGAAAUGUCAUUUUAUGAUGUAGGGAUCCAGAGAUAUAUAUGAUACAUUUACAGACAAAAAUUAUACUGUACAAAACAUUCCAAAAUGUGUUCAAGUUGCCGUUUGUGUAUGUAAUGGGUCUCAUUUUUUUUUCCAUUGGAUUAUCUUUACCAUUAUCUCUUCUUGAUAUACCAUGAUAAUAUUCUUGUGUCACAAGAUUUUUUUAAAAAAAUUAUGUGUUGCGUAUAUUUCCAUAUUUAGUAUUUCCAUAUGAUAUUCACGCAGUAUUGAUAAUGUUCAGCAGUAUUUGCGGGGCCUUUUUUUUUUUUUCUUAUACCAGGGCUUUCAUCCUCUGCCAUUAGUGUUUCCUCAUGAUCAUUUUUACCCGCAUCGAGACAAAAUAAAAUGUUACAAGUGAUAAAUAUUUAUUGUACCAUGUACAGUACAUGUCUUCUUACUAUUAGAAAAAUCGUUUAUUUUUUGGUGCUGCCUGCCUUGUUAUUGACUGACCUGGUGCUUCCACAGUCGUCAGAGGAGGUGCGAUGUGAUCAUGGUGCACGUGGCAUCGUCCUUGUUGCAAGCAAUGCCUGUUUAUCUGUGAUGAAAUCAUCUUGAAAAUAAUGUGCAAUUUCUUUUUGUAAUAUUGUAUCACAGAUGACGUUUUUACAUUCACAUCAAUGGCAAUUUUUUUUUAUAUAUGUAUAUAUAUACUGUAUACAAAUUAAUUUAUUCAGUAUUUUGUUCUUUUACUUUAGGAUGUGAUGUAUGAAUGACUUUUAAAAUGAGGAAAAUAAGGAUAACUGUGUAUUAUAUAGUAUAGUUGUUUUAUGAUGAGUGUGGGGGAAUUUUGGCAGAGGGUGAAUUUUACAGGGAUAUAACGGGGAGGGCCUUGUGAAUGGUUUGCUUGACGAUAAAGUGUUGUCGCUGUAGCUGUAAAGGGUUACAGGGUCCACACCAUUUAAUAUUGGAAGUGUCUAUGGUCCAACACCCAUGUUAAAAGUUUGAAAAACCAUUUUUAAUGGUCUAUUGGCUGUCUUCCGGUUGCCCCUGUCCUUGGUGUAAUUGUAAGCAGUUUUUUGGACUGUUUGACCAUAGAACUUCCCCCCAAUCUUGUUUAUUUCUACAGUAUGUUCUACUACAAAUCAUUCUCAUGCAGGGCGUACUUCUGAGGCAAAGUGAAUACUGGUCAAUUGUGUGGAGUGAUAAAACUUGAAAUUUUUUAUUGAAAUAUUCUAUUUUGAUUAUUGGUAGCGAAAUGCUAUGCCUAUGUCCAUUUCACAGCAAAUAAUCUCGUACAAUGAAUUGGCAUGUCAUGUAUGUUGAUGUAACAAACCCUAGAGUAUGUAUGAAAACAGAAACAUUAAGGAGAGGGUGUUUAAGAAUGGGACGGCAUAUUUUGUGUUAGUUACUUUUUCUUGUAAUUUUUUUUGUGCUGUGCUGUAUAUUUUGGGGGAAAAAUAACCUAUAAUCCUGCAGCUCAGACAAUUCAAAACAAAAGUUUUUGAAUGUGGUUGUUCAAAAAUAAAAUCUUUGAAUGUU